UAAUAAAAAUACUUGAUGACAGAAAUAUAGUUUUGCACAUAUAACAUUGGUGGGUUUUUGGAAGCAUAGUUUUAAAAAAGUAAGAAACUGGUAAGAGAGAGAUUUUACUCUGCUUGCAUGCUAACAACUUAGCCUGCCACAGUUUUGUAGAAGAUGCAGCCCCCUAGAUAUGUGAUGAAUUACAGCAGUAUCCAGAAUAUCAGUAAUUUUGCCCCAGUUGCCAUAGGAUGCAUGCCUUUCAAAACUGUUCGCUGUACAUAACAUUUUUGAGACAACAGUCCAGAGCAAAGGGCAGUGAGUACCUUGCUUACAAGAUAUGCAGAACCACUAGAGACCCAAGGAGAUGACCUCUCAACAAAAAUUCUGUGGAAUUUUAACUGAAUUGGUUACAAAAAGUAUUGAAUCUUACAAGAUUUGGUGUCAGUAAUUUGCCAAUUUGACAUAAUGUUCAGUUAUGAUUUCACUUAACAGCACUUGGUUCUAACUGGUACAUGGAUGUUUACAGCCAAGUGUAUCUAAAAUUAUUUACCCACUAUGACCUCCACUCCUUUUUUUUUCCCUUUGUUGUGAAAUUAAGAAGGUAGCAUAUGCACUUUGAAACAGAGCUUAAAUUAUUUGGAGGGGAACACCUUUAUUACAAAAUCAGUGUAGAAACUGCAGUUGAGGCUACCACUGUACACAGAUAUUUCUUUUUUAAAAACAAAAAUGAGAUUAUACUGUAAACACUCUUGUGACUUGUUUGUUUAAUUUGAACAUCUUAACCUUUUACCGCUGAAAUAGAUGUUCUGUUAUGUGACUAUCACGUGCAUAUCUUAUUUAAGCAGUUCCCUAUUCUAGUUUUCAUUAUUGGAACUUAUAUUCACAUAACAUUCCCUGUUUUGUAUUUAAACUUUUUGUUUAAACAAAAUUUUAUUUCUCCCAGUGCCAGUAGGUGCUUUUCUGAUGUAAAAGAAAGCAUAUUAGAAAACAUAAAUUUUAAAAUGUCUUAAAUUCUUUUAUUUUACAAUUUAAAAAGUCUCCAUUCCCUUGCUCCAAACCAGAAGACUUUUUCCCCUGCAUAUAGCAUAGGAGUAAUGUUGGUUAGAAACUGGCGGGUGUUUAAAGAUGAAGAUAGUCAUUACUAUUUAACCUAAGCUGUAUGCUGAAGGAAGAUUGUCUUGGAAAUACUAAACUGGGGUAACCCAAAUCUGUUUCUGGAACCAUGAAAAUUUUGUUGGUUUUUGACUUUGACAAUACAAUCAUAGAUGAUAAUAGUGACACCUGGAUUGUACAGUGUGCUCCAGAGAAAAAGCUUCCUAUUGAACUGCAAGAUUCUUACAAAAAGGGAUUUUGGACAGAAUUUAUGGGCAGAGUCUUUAAGUAUUUGGGAGAUGAAGGUGUAAGAGAAGAUGAAAUGAAGAGAGCAAUGAUAUCAAUGCCUUUCACUCCAGGGAUGGUGGAACUUUUAAACUUUAUAAGAGAGAACAAGAAUAAAUUUGACUGCAUCAUUAUUUCAGAUUCAAAUUCAGUCUUCAUAGAUUGGGUUUUAGAAGCUGCCAAUUUUCAUGAUGUGUUUGAUAAAGUGUUUACAAAUCCAGCAGCAUUUGAUAGCAGUGGUCAUCUCACUGUGGAAAAAUAUCACACUCAUUCUUGCACUCGGUGCCCCCAAAAUCUUUGCAAAAAUGUAGUUUUGGUAGAAUUUGUAGGUGAGCAGUUACAACAAGGAGUCAAUUAUACACGAAUUGUUUAUAUAGGUGACGGAGGAAAUGAUGUCUGUCCAGUAACUUUUUUAAAGAAGAACGAUGUUGCUAUGCCACGGAAGGGAUAUGCGUUACAGAAAACUCUUUAUAGGAUGUGUCAAAAUCUUGAGCCUAUGGAAUCUUCUGUUGUAUCUUGGUCUUCAGGUGUUGAAAUAAUUUCUUAUUUACAAUUUCUAAUAAAGGAAUAAUAUGCCAACAAUUGAAA